AUGAAUAACGUGAAGGUCAACGAUUGCAUCAUCAAGGUCAACGGGGUCAAUGUCAUCAGGUCAACAGCUGAAAGUGUCGCCAAAAUUGUCAGAAACUCAACGGAAAAAAUAACGCUGGACCUAUACAGACCAUCGCAACAACAAAUUCAACAACAACAACGCCAGCAACGAAUUCAACAACAACAACAACAACAAAACAACAUUAAACUAUGGCCAGCCUGUUUCAGCAGCCAACAACAACAACAACAUCGUCAACAAUCUUUCAAUUCAGACUCCGCUGUCGUUUUUGACUACGCUUCAUCUUUCUUGACUACCACACCAACGACAUCGUCGUCUCCGUCGUCUCUCUCAACCCCGUCAACGUACAACGACCAUGACGUCAUAGAUGACGUCGACAAAGACGACGACACGUCCACUACAAUAUCGUCCAUAUUUGAAUCGGUAUCGAUGUUUGACGGUUUCCACCAACCACUACCGCUACCGCCACUAUUACCACAACAACAGCAGCAGCAACAACAACUAAAAUUAUUUUCCAACAAAAACGUCAGCAACAAUCGCAAACCCUUGAUGACAGUAACUAAUCAGCAACAAGAACGUUUAAUAUCCAGCUGCAACAAUUACAUCAACAAUAAUCCAAAUAACAUCAACAACUACUCAAAUAACAUUAACAACAACAACAUUGACAACAACAGUAAAAUUACUAAUAACAACAACAACAGCAACAACAAUAUUUUAAACUGUCUUGGCACUAACAACGAUACCUUAACGAAACAAGUCGGUUGCCUACCUAGAAUGGGAAUAAAAUCGAAGACAACAAGCAACAAAACAAACAACAAUUUAACCGACAACGAUAGCAAUCACAUCAACAUUAGCAACAACAUCAAAAACAAUAACAUCAACAACAUUAACGCCACAAAAGACGACCAUUUUAGCAGCAGCAGCAACAACAACGACAAAUGUCUAAAUCAGCAACAUCUAAAUCUACAUCAGCAACAACAUCAACAACUAAAUCAGCAACAACAUCAGCAACAACAACAACUCUAUCAAAACAACCAUCACCAACAACAACAUCAACAAACUUCGGAAGAACUUGAAUCCCAACUAGACAAAGCAAUUGAAGAGUUAAAACAAUGCUUGGAAAUAUUCGUUGGAAAAUGUACAUGGGCCGAUAAAAAUUUGUUGGCACCGCUUCGUUACUAUGGCAUCCCAAAAGAAAGUUACACUGAAAUGUUUCAAAAUGUUCACCAGCUGCAGAAAUUGUCAUCAGAGCUUUUGGAGGUGACAGUAGGAACAGCCAACGUCAACAAAAACAACAACAUCAUCAACAACAACAUCAUCAACAACAAUAAAAACAUCAUUAACAACAAAAACAACAUCAACAACAACAAUAAAAACAUCAACAACAACAACAACAAAAUCAGCAACAGUCACAAUCUUAUUCAACAACAUCCUACUCAUCAUCAUCUCUACUUUAUCGACUCUUUAGUUUUUUUCUUAAAAUGCAAAAUGUCAGAUUUCUGCACUAAUUACGAAACGUACUGCGUUGGUCUAAGAAGGGCUCUCAUGACAUUGGUCCUAUUGAAAAAGGAUGAAAAAUUUGGACCAAUCAUCGCGCGACUAAAUAACAACAACAAUAACAUUAUCAACAACAGCAGCAACAACAACAUCAACAGCAACAUCAACAACAACAACAACAUCAUCAACAACAACGUCAACAUCAACAAUAACAUAAAGAAAAACAAUGACACUAAGGAUGGCUACUGCAGCAGCGAUAUAGCCGACGACAGCAACAAUAUUAUCGCAAGCGACAACGACAACAUCAACAGCAAUAACAGCAACACCUAUAACAACAACAACAUCAACAACAAUAACAAAAAUGCUGAUGACACUAACAAAAAGACUGAUGACAUUAUUAAUUAUAUUCAUGAUAAUAUUUAUGAAAAUCUCUCUUCCACGGAUAACAUUAACACUAAUGUAAUCAUCGAUGUUCAUGAUCGUAACAUUAUCAAGGAUCAUAUCAAAGAGUUGAUAAUAGCCCUGCAGAUGAUUGCCGUCAACAGCAUCAGACUUAACUACGUAUCCCACGACAUGAAGGAAAUUAUACAGGCACUUCGGCAGUGUUGCAGUCGCAUCAACGACAACCACAAGUACCACAGCACUCUGUCCUUUGACUGCAUCACAACCACAAUUACCUCAUUUAGUAACAAUACUCUUGUCGCUGGCAUCGCUACUACCGCUACUACUAAUUUUACUACAACUGCUGCUGCUGCUGCUAGCAAUCAUAGUAAUCGUACUGCUUUAGAUGUCCAAACAGGGGCAAUGCAUAAAAAUGGCAACAUUAAUGACGUCAUUAGUAAAAGAUCCACGUCAUUAUCAUCAUCUUGCAAAUCAUCAUCUUCGUCGUCGCCAUCACCUACGCAACAACAACAACAACGUCAUCUUUCUCCUCCUCUACAACAUUUUCAACAACGACGUCAUCAAGCACGUGAUCAACAAGUGGUCAUCGGUAGCAUCGAUCGACAGCUGUUGGACAUUCAGGCCAGGCUUAUAUUCCCCCAACACAUCAGGACAUUUCCAUUAGCGACGCCGACCCACUACUUGGUCUACUCAGGCUUUCUUGACCUCAUAACCACCAACAACUACUUGAACAGCAGAACGUUGCCAACUUACACGACAUUAUUUGUCGUGUUAAUGAGUGACCAACUUUUGUUGACACAACCUGACCCAGUUACUGAUGACCUCGUUGUCUUCGAUGACCCCAUUGUACUGCAUGAUAUCGUCGGCUGCCAGUUCGAUUCCUACUCGCCGUUUGAGUUGAUAAUAUCGGUGGAGACCCGACUGACCACCCUUCAAAAGCCCUGGACUCCACGAAGUUUCCGCUUCAUUGCUCCAUCUGACGAGCUAAAGUGCACGUGGAAAAACAUUUUAGAACAAAGAAUUCUUCAUUCAAAAAGUAUCAGAGAGUGUUCGCUUGUCUCCAAGAGUUUGGAGAACAUUGUGUGAUGCCAGAUCUCCCUUUCUCUUUUUUUUUAUUAAAUUUGUUGUUUUUUUGUAUCAUUUUUGAAGAUGUUUCUCUUUUCAAAUGUGAAACGUUUAUAUUAUAAAUUCUUUGUAUAUAUAUAUAUGAGGGGUGGCAGAUGCAUCUGAAUACGAACGCUAUGAUGAUAUUUGAUGAUGCUAUGCAAGCAUGCAUGCUGUGAUGAAACACGUCGAAAUCUAAGGCGUGAACACACACACUCACACGUUUUGAAACAAUCUGAUAUGAUCCUAAUGAUAUGAAAUGAUACGAAACUUAAAAACUUUUUUAUACAGAAAACCGUGCUAGCUUUCUAAUUUGUAAAAAUAAUUUUUUUUCUCAGCAUGUCAUCCAACAAUUAAAUAAAUUUCAAAGUUAAAUAUUACGUCGUUUAAUUGAUGAAUAACAUUUAGAAUAAUUCUAAAAAACAUUGGUUUUGAAUUAUCAAUUUGUAAAAUAUAGAAUAAAAUCAAUACCUCUUG